CAUAGAUCCUUUUCGUUGGUUUGGGUCUCCCUGGCAGCGGGGAGGCGCGUGCUCACGCAGAGAGCACAGCUGUAGCUCUGUGGUCACUUUGAGCUUCACCUGUGCAUCACUCAUCUAGUACUUGACGUUGGAAAACAAACCACUUUUGUAAGUUUAGUGAAUUACAUUGUGGUCUAUGAAGCUACUGAUUUUUUUUUUUGCAGAAAUGCGGCAUUUGUUUGUAUAAGGAAUGUUGGCAUGCCAUUUCGAUAUUCUGGACACCGGGCUUGUUCGAUUAAUCUUACCGGGAAGUGGAGAACUUUGACGGCAGGUUUAUUUAUCAAACGCAGUUUUAUUUUUGCUGUUGAGCUGAGAUGGCGUUUUGGGGAACUUACUAUUUCCAUCAACUUCUGUACACCCUGAGUUACUCCUUUUCCUUUUGUUUUGGGUGUCUCAUGAAACUGCCCGUCCCAUUGCAGGACUUUUUUUAAUGUUCUGUCACUGGUAGAACGCUCCUCCAGUAAUUAUAUUUGACUCCUGGGGUACUUACCAUGGGCUUGUCCUCCUACUUCUAAGCAGUUCCUGGGUCUCGUUCUCUUUCUUUGUUCUUGACGGCCCAAACCUGGACUUUGGACAAAUCUAUUUAAUGGGCCGCGCUAUUUGUUUCUUUUCCACUCUUUGACGGUUUGGACCUCUGUAUUCCAGGAUCAAAGGUCCCUGGUGGGUCACGUUCACUCACACAGCAGUGCAGUUGCAAGCUGUCCCAACUCGGAUUUACAUUAUUUGAGAGCACUUCUCCAGCAGAACUGAAUUCUUCAUAAUCUGACUGUGACUUUUCGCCCUGUUUGAGGCUGCUGGACUGAGGACGUUCGUACAAGGAUGAAACUCUAUGCUAAAUCAAUGCUUCUCUCCCAUUGGAUCUUGCUCCUGUCUAUGUUAAUGACAUGCUGUAAAGUGUUGUCCACAGCCAGUUCCCAUCCUCGAGGGCAAACAGGUCAUUACCAGGUUCGACAGGGGUCUUGUGAAGUUGUUGCUGUCCAUCGCUGCUGCAACAAAAACAAAAUUGAAGAACGAUCACAAACUGUAAAAUGCUCCUGUUUUCCAGGGCAGGUGGCAGGUACUACACGAGCGCAACCCUCAUGUGUUGAAGCUUCCAUCGUUUUGCAGAAGUGGUGGUGCCACAUGAAUCCUUGUAUGGAGGGAGAGGACUGCAAAGUGCUACCAGAUCUUACAGGAUGGUCCUGUAGCAGUGGCAACAAAGUCAAAACAACAAAGGCAAGUACAUCAGCUUCCUAA